UGCACCUCCCUCGGCGCCGGCGGGCGGGGAGCCGGGAGGAGGCGGGAUGAGGCGGGAUGAGGGAUGAGGGGUGAGGGAUGAAGGAUGCAGGACGCGGGGCGGUGUCGCCCGAGGCUCUUUAAAGGCUGGCAGGCGGCCGGAGGCGGCUCGUCGGCGGCAUGACCGAGGUGAAGGUGGCCGUGCUGGGCGGCAGCGGAGCCGGCAAGUCGGCGCUGGCGGUGCGGUUCCUGACCCGGCGGUUCAUCGGAGAGUACGCGUCCAGCGCCGAAUGCAUCUACACUAAACACUUGUGCCUGGAUGGGAGGCAGAUACACCUGGAAAUUUAUGACCCUUGUUCACAGCCACAGCAGGGGAAGCUGUCCCUCACAGAUGAGCUCCACUGGGCUGAUGGAUUUAUCAUCGUUUACGACAUCAGCGACAGAGCGUCGUUUGCAUUUGCAAAAGCACUGCUGUACAGGAUCCGAGAGUCUCACACAGGAGUUUGUAAAAAAAUGGUGGAGUCGUCAAUAUUUUUGGUUGGCAAUAAACAGGAUUUAUGCCACAUGAGGGAAGUUGGCUGGGAUGAAGGACAGAAGCUGGCUAUAGAUAACAAGUGCCAAUUCUGUGAACUGUCUGCAGCAGAGCAUUAUCAGGAGGUCAUAGCAAUGUUCACCAAAGUCCUGAGGAAUAUCAUUUCCAGUUUCAAAGUGAAGGAGAAGAGACGACCAAGUGGUUCCAAGUCAAUGGCCAAGUUAAUCAACAACGUGUUCGGAAAGAGAAGGAAAUCUGUGUAAGAGGUGGUUAGUCUUGAAAUUGGAACAAGCUGAAAUAAUGGAGCAGAGGCAGCUCUUGGGAUUCACUGAAUUUCCUCCAAAGGUCAAUAUCUGGAGGAGUAAGACAGUAGAAACCAAAGGUGAGAGAUAGUAUGGUCUAGACCUAGAAGACCUGACCUCCUAUUUCAAGCUCUGCUACAGAUUUACUGUUUAGGCCUGUGCCACUUAAACUGUAAGCUGCUCCAGAAGAGAGGUUUAGUCUGUAUUUAUUCAACACCAACAUGGUCUUGGGUAGAGCUUCUAGGUGCAGCUGAAGUAUAAAGAGUUAUUUCACAGAUUCACUUAUAUUGGAAGGGACCCUUAAGAUCAUCAAAACCAGCCAUUAACCAAACACUGCCAGGUCUACCACUAAACCAUGACCCUAAGCACCACAUAACAUCCAGUAAACUCAGCCUUGCUGAUCAAAAUCUGACUUCAGAACUCUGAGUAAUUUAUUUUGGUUUUUUUUUUUUUGUAUUCAAGACCUUUUGCAGCAAAGAAAAGCAAAAUACUGCGGCUUCAUGCCGUAAUGUAUUUGUAUUUAACUCAGGUACUUGUGUGCUUUACACUUGCUGAAAUUCAUAUGAAUUAAGUGCUUAGACACCAAAUCUACAAAAGGUAUUUACCUGCAAAGCUGCCUUGCAGAGGCACCAGAAGAAGGGAAGCAGAUAUAUAAAGCAGCAUUGUCUCCUGUUUCAGUACCUUUUUAUUUUUUUAUUCCGUGAGUGGUGAAAGAAAGUGGAGAGGGUUGAGGAGUGUGGGAACUGAAAUGUUAGUGAAAUGUUAAUCAGUGGGCACUGGACUGUUUUGGCAAUAAUUGAGUGGAAUAAUUUUACAGCAAGGCCUGGGUUGAUCCCUUUCACAGAACAAUUUUUGUGAGCUUUGACAAAAGUUUCAGUAGCUGUAAGGUGGAUGUGACUGCUCCAUCUCAGAUGGCAGCAGAAGCUUGGAAAGCACAUGGGCUGGCAAAGAGCACAAGUCCUUCAGGAUGUCUGCCUGGAUUUAAAGGUCAGCCUGCUGGUAAGACCUGUGCUCACAGAGAGUGUUUUCCCCUAAUAACCAAUGUCCUUACAACUCCUCAUCGCUGUGGUAUUGAAAUGCCACUGGGGAGCACCGAGUACUGUUAGCUGCACUUUUCAGAUGUGGAUAUUAAACAUCAGAUGGGCGUAAAUAUUUUGUCAGUUGACAUUCAGAGCUCUUACUCUAGACAGCUAAAUAAGGGCUUAGCCCAGAGCACUUGCAAGUGCUGUGCUCAUACAGAAAUUAUGAAAGAGAAGCGAACUGAAGAUGAAUUGCUGCCUCCUACCCACUCCAGGGGACAGCUGGGAUUCAGUCUUUGUGGGAUGCUGAGUCGAAGCCUACCUCUGCUCUGAAAUUUUACCUGAGUUGAAACUAGAAAGGUUACUUUCAGUUUCUGAGUGCUCAGCCAUAAGACAGCAUAAAAAGGUUCAGUAUAAUCUUAGCAGUAAGGUUUUAAAAUGGGACUAAAGCACAUUUUUUUGUGUUGACCAAAGAUCACAUUCUUUUUUUUAAGCAAAAGAUACCAUUUUAUUUCUCUCGUUAUAAGACACUGUUUUAUUUCACUUGUUAUAAAACCACAAAUAUUGGAACAUAGUUCUCAGUUGGCAGGCACAGGUUUGCUUUGUUUUUCUGCAGAUGCUGCUCUGCCAUAUCAGGAAAGUUUUAUUUUAACUCUAUGGUCAAUAUCUGUGAGACUGAAGGUGCAGAUUCCUCAUGUACACCCUCCAGCUUCCCAGCCCACACAGCACUCCAGAACCACUCACAGAUGGUUAUUAGCAGCUUUAUCUUCCUCUAGCAUUGCCAGAUUCCAGGACUCUUAUUUGUAUUUAAUGCUCUGGUAUUAAAUAAACUGGAUAUAAGAUGGAUGCAUU